AUGGCAAGCCUACAAAACAUACUACCCCAGGAGGGUACCUCCGGCACUGCCGGGGGAGAAUCCCUCCCCGUGGCCUCGGCCGCGGGCUGCCCCGCGUAUUCUGGGGGGGGCAAGGACUGCUUUUCCAAUACGACGACUCAGGCUAGAAUAAUGGAAACGAUUGCACGUGAUCUGGAUUCGGAGGUGACGAGGCGCCCGUCGCUGGACGGCGUCAAAAUGAAAGAGGCGAGAGUGCGGCUGGAACGCUUGCCGAUCGCGGCACUCAGCGAUACAUCGGAGGGAAAGACAAGAAGUGACAGGAUGGAGUGCGAUGGUGGAGCAGCGUCCGAUUCGGACUGCAGCCUCACCGUCGCUGCCGAAAGGGGGCCGAUUUCGGACGCCAUGGCUGCAAUGCUCGGCGCGAAACGACCCCGCCUCAGUGAGGGGUCCACGGACGAUGAACGGACGGCGUCCCCAGGGAUGGCAAGGUGGCGCCAACAAGAGAAGAGGGCCGCGGCCAAGGCUCGCGCCAAACAAAAGGAAGAAGACUUGGAAAAAGAAGCUGAGCUCGCUCGCUUCCGGCGCGAGACGCGGUCUGCGUUGUUUCCCCGACCUGACGAGAGGACGGGAGAGAGGUGUGCCGCUCAGCUCCAAGAGCAGGUGCAGGAGGACUUGGCCAUUAUUGAGAGGGUGGCGUCCAAGUCCUCCAAUUUGAAGGGAAACUUUGUGCGAGCCCUGAAGGACGCUGCGGUAUCAAUCAAGAAAGCCGUGGAAGUCCUCGGGGCCCGCACACUAUCGGAGGAGACAUGCCAGCUCCAGGCGGACAAUGCUCGCCUGCGGGCCGAGAUGGAUGCACUCCAUAAAGAGUUAGCAGCCAUAAAGGAGGAUCUGCGGAAACGGGGUUCCGCAGUCUCCUCCCACCCGGAUACGACAGUGAAGGCCGUCCCCGCAUCACGGCCCCCACAAACACCUAACGAGACGUCCUCCGUGGAGGAGAUCUGUCGCGCAGUAAUGGUCCAGGUCGGAGGCAUGAUGAACGCCCGCCUGGCCUCGCUUGAGGACAGACUCCUCCCGGAGAGGAACCUGCGGCCACCCCUCGCGGCCGAUAAGAAGAGGGACGGGAGCUCGUACGCUGCCAAGCUUGCGGGGCAGCCGACGGUGCCCGCUAAAGGAAAAGACCAGGGUGCGGCCAGGCAGACGGCGCAGAAAGUGCCAGCCCAGCCAGGCACCAGCGGCACCCAACGGAAGGCUCCCGCUGCGCCAUCGCAGCGCCCGCCGGGCCCCGCCCAGAGCCGGCGUCAAAAGGAGAAGGCUGGUGCCGCCAAACUCCACGCGCCCCGGUCGUCUGCGGUGGUCAUCACGCUGCAGCCGGGCGCGUCAGAGCGGGGAGCCACCUACGCUAGUGUCAUUGCCUCGGCAAAGGAGAGAAUUAACCCAGCCGAGCUUGGAGCCCAGGGCGUUCGCCUUCGGAAGGCUGCCAACGGGGGUCGUAUUUUUGAGUUCCCAGGCGCCUCCAGUGGCGAGAAGGCGGACUCCCUGGCCCAAAGGCUGCGGGAGGUCCUGGAUAGUGAAGUCGUCCGCGUCUCCAGGCCUACUAAGUCGGUGGCCCUACGGGUGUCAGGCCUGGACGACUCUACCACCAGUGCCGAGGUGGUCGCCGCGAUAGCUGCAGCGGGAGAGUGCCCCGCCGAGCAACUGCGGGCCGGCGUGAUGUCCACCGGCCGCGACGGACUGGGAUCAGUGGUUGUCCAGUGUCCCGUCGCGGCUGCGAAAAAGAUCGUGACCGCUGGUCGUCUUCUGGUGGGCUGGGUGUCCGCCCAGGCUAGAGUGCUGGAUGCCCGGCCAAUGAGAUGUUACAGGUGCCUGGCUCCCGGGCACCUAUCCGGCCAGUGCCAGGGGGUGGACCGCUCCGGACUCUGUUUCCGGUGCGGUCAACCAGGGCACAAGGCCCGCGGAUGCACCGCUGCGCCUCACUGCGUGGUCUGCGCUGCGGCCGGCGUGCCGGCGGAGCACCGAGUCGGCAACAAAGCCUGCGUCUCCCCACCCAAGGGGAAGAGAAGUAAGAAGGGAGGCGGGGACGGUCAGAACUCGACGGUUGGACAGCCCACUGCCUCACCCCUACAGGCGGCGCCGCCGCAGGCCGAGGAGGUUGCUAUGGUCGUUGAAUAA